GGUCAUCGGACCAUUUUAAAUAAGUUGGUCUUCUGACCUUAGCUUCUGUUCGGUCUAUGACCUUUUACUUUUGUUGGUCUUUUCUGACCUUUUGUUUUGUUCUAUACAUGGUCUUUAGGACCCCAGUCUGUGCACCCAAGGUCUAGAGGACCUUAUACUUAUACACAGUAAUUUAUUUUCGCUCAUCGGACCAGCAUUUCUGUUUGUCAGUGAUAACUUAAAUUUCUGUUUGGUUGCCGGACCUUAUUUUACUAGUUGGUCUUAUGACCUUAGUUUUUGUUCAGUCUACGACCUUUUAUUUAUGUUUGGUCCUCACUGAGCUUUUAUUAUGUUCUACAUAUAGGCCCAGGUCACUAGGAACUUGCACCAGUCACGGUAAUUUCAGUUUGGUCAUCAGACCCUUAAUUUCUGUUGCUGUCAUGCUGAAAAUUGCUGACUGUAAUUUAUGUUUGGUCUCCGGACCUUAAUGUUUUGUUUUUUUAACAUUUUAUUGCAGUUGGUCUUAUGACCUUUUAUUUCACUUGGUCCCUGUUGACCUUUUAUUAUGUUCAACAUAUAGACACCCACGGUAUGCAGACCCUUGCACUUUUAAGCCUUCCUUUCUGGCAUAUCACUAUUAUUUCUGUUGUCACAGCUUACUUCAUCUGUGGCUUUUAUAUUAUUUGGCAGUUAGACCUCUACACAUUGCCUUACUGCUUUCCUUUUCAACACUUAUUUCGCAUCUAUCAUCAUCUACUAGUUAGUGGCUCCCUAGCUGUCAUUCCAGACAUAUUCCUACCACACAUUUCUCAUCAGAGUUGUACUAUGUCAUUCAGGACUUUUUCUGUGUUCAUCCUUUCACAUUUCUUUCCAUCCCACUCCCAAUGCUUCCUCUAAUCAGCUGAUUAUGGGUGGUCACUCUUGUAGUUAUCAAAUUCUCUCCAUCCCACUUCCACUGCUUCCUCUAAUCAGCUGACUAUAUCCAAUCAAACUUUGCUAGCAAUCUCUCUCAGCCAAUCAGGAUGCCACUGCAAAAUUUUAAAUCUGCUCUCUUUUCUGCUGCUGUCAGCCAUCAUUUUAGGCAGAAUCUUCAAGCCCUCCUCCACCCCGAUCAGCUUCAGCCAUUGUAUCCAGAGUCCAGGACAAGCUCUACAAAGGCUCAUUCCUCUACUCAUCAGCGCUAAUCCAUUUUCCUCUCAUCUCAUCUCUUCAUCACCUCUACCACCACAUCUAGACUCUGGGGAGGUUCCCUCUUUGUCUAUGGAUUCAUCAACCACCAAGUCUAUUGCACACUGGUAGAGAAGGUUUUACAGUAUUAUUAUCCUUGCAUUAACCCUCACCAUUUUGUAUUGUGUAUAUUUGUCUUUGUAUUAGAUGGCAUUGUUGCUCCUACUGGUGAUGCUGACAGCAUGUGCUGCUCUUCCUCAAGAUAUGUCAGGUAAAAUGUUCACCUUCCCACAACAAACCAACUCAGCUCAGGUGAGGCUGACAACAUCAAGACAGUAUCUGAGGGAUGUGACCGUCUGUCUCAGGUAUUUUACAGACCUCGGUAGAGAUUACAGUCUUUUCUCUUUGGCCACACCCUCUGCUGACAAUGCACUUCUGAUUUACAAGUGGGCUGCAAGCGAUCAGAUUCAUCUCGCGAUCAGGAAUAGUGCUGCAGACUUCAGAGGGCAGGACUACAGACUGAACACAUGGCACUCAGUUUGUGCCACAUGGGAUUCUGCGUCUGGUGUAGGGCAGAUGUGGUUAGAUGGAAAGCCCUCAAGUAGGAAAUUCAUCAGCUCUGGAUCCGACAUCAGCGGGCCCAUCAUAAUUGUUUUGGGACAGGAGCAGGAUUCCCAUGGCGGAGGCUUUGACAUUAAUCAGUCUUUUGUUGGCAUGCUGUCCGACGUCCACAUGUGGGACCACACCCUUUCCCAAUGCCAGAUCCAGGACUAUGCGGAUUAUCUGAACUUCACCCCGGGAAAUUUGCUCAACUGGAGGACACUGGAGUUCCAGACUGUAGGGAGGGUGCUGAUAGAAGAUAAACAAGAGCCCUACUGUUAAACUUUUCAGGUUAAAAAAAUCAAUGAAAAUAAUUUUUUAAAAAAAAAAACAACAACUCCUCCUUACUCCUAAAGAUUGUUUAUCUUUUAUAAAAAAAAAAUCUGUUGUUGAUAUUAUUAUCUUGUGCUUUAUUUGUUCAUCAUAUUAUUGCAAAAGAAUGACUUUUCUUUUUCUUUUUUUCAUGUACUUACUGUACAAUCAUAAACCCAACCAAAGCUAAUUUUGCGAGAUGAAUUUGUGAUUGUGAAAUUAAAACCGACCAUACUGUAGAUGAAAACAAGUUCAAAUUAUAUUGUAUUAUGUUAUUUUUUUCAAAGAAUAUUAUUUUUAUAGAUAUUUCACAUUGUGUGUGCCUCUCGGCAGUAGCUAGGAGUACUGUAUAUACCAAAAAGCCAAAACAUUAAAACCAGUGGUGGGUGAAGUGAGUAACAUUGAUCAUUUUGGUACAAUGCAAUGUUCUGCUGGGAGACCUUUUUGUCAUGGCAUUCAUCUGGAUGCCACUUGAUGCCCUCAACCCACCCAAACAAUGCUGUGGGCUAAGCUCUUUAGCUCUUUCUCACAUUCCUUGGGCCAUUCCUGAGCAGUUUCUGGAGUGCAGCAUGGUGCAUUUUCUUGCUGGGGGGUCACUGCCAUCUGGGAAGUGCUGCUGCCAUAAGGAGUGAAACUUGACCUGCAGAGGUGUUUGGGUGGGUGAAGCCCAUUAAGUGGCAUCCUCAUGAAUUUCUGGACAAAAAGUUCCCCAGGAGAACAUUGUAUUGUAACAAAAUGAUCAACGUUACAUUUAAUGUUUUGGCUGAUCGGUGUAUGCCUCCUCUUUUGAUUGCUCCACAUUCUCUAUUCUUCAUUUCACUUGUCUUCCAAUGGUCUUAAUAGUGUUGUAUUUAAAGUUUUGAAGUGAAGUUGUAAAGUUGUAUUGUGUUUAAUGUAGCUCAACAAUGAAAUGUAAAAAAGAACACUGUAAAUAAUAAAGUGAAUAUUAUGUAAACACUAA